AUGGUCCGAAAUUACAAAAGAAAGAGUGACAGGUUUAAGUGGAGCAAAGAAAACCUAGACAGAGCCGCCGACUAUGUUAAGUUUGGGAGUGUAUCUGUUCGAGAAGCUGCAAUAAAAUACAAUAUUCCCAAGUCGACGCUGCAGCGCUUUCUGAAGGGAAAUGUUGAAAGCGGGAAGAGAGAUGCCUUUACCACUGUUUUCAGUAAAGAGAUGGAAGACGAGUUAGUAAACCAUGCACUGAAACUCAAAGGGUUGAUGUAUGGCCUAACUGGGGAUGACCUCCGCUCUCUUGCUUUUGAGUUUGCUGAAAGAAACAAAAUUAAACAUCCUUUUCCAAAAGACAAGAAAAAGGCUGGAGCGGAUUGGCUGAGACACUUUAUGAGUCGACACCCAGAGUUGUCUUUUCAUACCCCAGAAAAAACAAGCCUCAGUCGUAUCACUGGAUUUAAUAAAGUUCAGACAAUGAAGUUUUAUGAACUAGUCAGAAAGGCCAUGGAGGAACAUCACUUUGAACCACAGCGUAUCUACAAUGUGGACGAAACUGGAAUGAGCACCGUCCCAAACCGCACAUCAAAGGUUAUUGCCAAGAAGGGUGUCAAACAGGUGGGACAAAUCACUUCUGCGGAGAAAGGUCAAACAACAACCCUCGUAUGCGCAAUGAAUGCCGCUGGAUCGUUCAUUCCUCCAGUAUUUAUCUUUGCGCGCAAGAACAUGAAUGCACAACUAAUGCGGAAUGCUCCGGUUGGUGCAAUAGGGCUCUGCUCUGACAGUGGGUGGAUGAAUACUGACUUAUUCCCUAAGUGGCUGGAUCAUUUUAUUGAUCACACGAAAAGCUCUACCGAAGACAAAGUGUUGCUCAUUUUGGACAACCACGUGAGCCACUGCUCCAUCGAGGCGAUUAAGAAAGCAAGAGAGAACGGGGUUGUCAUGAUAACAAUCCCGCCACACACUAGCCAUAAAACACAACCGCUGGACAGGACGUUUUACGGUCCCUUGAAAACUGCUUAUGAACAAGAAUGUCACAAGUUUAUGGUCAAUCAUCCAGGCAAACGUAUCACACAAUAUGAUAUUGCUGAACUCGUGGGACAAGCGUACCCUCGUUGUGCCUCAGUUGAGAAGGGGAUCAAGGGAUUUCAGUGCACUGGUAUCUACCCUUUCAACCCAGAUAUAUUUGAUGAAACUGAUUAUGCCCCAGCUGAGCUCACAGAACGGAACGUGGAAAACUGUGAGGGACUUCACGAAACAGUUGACAGCGGAAACACGACGCUUGCCACUGGCCACGAUACCUUGACUCCAGCCCAUAACUUCGAACCUGUGCCUGGGACCUCCAAGGCUGAUGAGGAUAAUGAUCCACCAAUCCAAGCGCCUUUCCCAGAAGCUUCAUCUUCGGAUGAAGGCACAUCUUCAGGAUCCAGUACAACUGUAUCCAUAGAAGAUAUUUCACCAAUUCCUCGAGUGGAAAGAAGCAAUAACGCACGUAAACGUGCGGCAGGAAAAGCAGAGGAACUGACGAGCAGUCCGUACAAAGCGAGGCUUCUUCAACAGUUGGAGAACAAAAAGUCAAAAGGCCGUAAAGGAAAUCAAAAGACAGCUAACCAGGGUGGGAAAAAGAAAACAGGAGGGAAAAAUCAGUCAAAAAGCGACAUGAGUGGGGGAAAAUCUGCACAGAACACUACUUCCGAAUAUGAGUGCAUAUUUUGUUCAGAACAGUACGUAGAGCCAAUCACGGAAGACUGGAUUCAAUGUUCCUCUUGUAAGGAAUGGUGUCACGAACGUUGUGCUGAUUUAGAGAGCGGUAAAGAUGAUUUUAUUUGUGAUUUGUGUUCUGAUCAUGAUCAAGAUUAGCAAUUACUUGACUUACAAGUUGCUGGAAUAGUUGGACUUGUACACGAACGAUGUUCAGGUCUAAAAAGAAAGUCCUUGAACUGUUGUCUGAUCUUUAUGGACAAGGAAUAUUUUUGGAAAUUAUGUAAUUCUCCCGUACCCCUACAGUUUUGUCAUAUUUAGUGUCUCAGGUGUCAGGAAAAUUACAAUGUCCAUUGCUUGCCCAUCGUGCCCCCAAAUAUGUGGGGCACGAUGGGACACGCAUAAUUGUUUAAGAAUGACUGUUGUUCCAAAGAAACCCUGCCAAUGAGUCAUGAUUGUGUUUGAUAGCGUAGUCGUACGAAAUCUGUACAAAUCCAUAAGCACUGGUGUGUACCUACU